AGCUAACGGUAACGGCAGACACAGCUUCAGGUUUGGUACAGAACAUAUCGACUAUCCUGAGCAGUGCUAACGAGGAGGACCAGACACCAGAUAACCUUGUACGUGUCACUGGGGUGCUGGAGGGCGUGGUCGGACUGAUCAAUAAUGGAACCUUUGACAUCGAUGAAAAUCUUGCUGAGAACACUGUUGAAAUUUUGGAUGAUCUGAGUGACUGGCCUGCUGAAGUUAUUGAAGAGCAGUCAACUGCAUUGGUGACGUCGUUUGAGGCAAUAACUGCCAACCUAGUGGAGUCAAGAGAAUUUCACGACACUUGAAAAAGUUGGUGAGGACAUUACCAUCAAGGCAGAGAGGAAUUCUACCACUCUUUACAAAACUGAGGGACGUUUUUUCAUUUUUACUGUGCCUAUCACUACAAAUGAAAGUGGCCUUGCUUCCAGCUGCAAGUGACAAUGCCACAUUCUCCAAUGAAACUGGAGACAGUAACACAACCGUUUUCAAUACCACCGUUGAGAGUGACAUUUCUAUGUCUAACGACACCGUUUACUCAUCCAGAACCGAUGCUUCAUUCAACAGAAUAUCCAUUCCAGCCAUUGCAUUUAGGAACAUCUCAGACAAUAAGACGGGAGUAAUUUUCUCCUCGUAUGCCACAGACAUCCUCUUUCCACUUCGCCUCAACCAAUCCCAGAACGACACAUACAAGGCUAUCGGCUCUAAUGUUCUAUCAGGCACAGUGGCUGGGGAGAAUAUACAAGGACUAAAACAACCGAUAAACAUUUCCAUGAGUAUUAUUGUUUCAAACUGGUCAAAUCCAGUGUGUGUGUCCUACAACUUUAGUGAGGGUGAUGGUAAUUGGUCAACUAGUGGCUGCAUAGUCCUGUCAGUUGAUGAGGAAAAUGAGGUGGUGGUCUGCGGCUGUUCUCAUCUCACCAACUUUGGUGUCUUAGUGGAUAUAAAUGCUCGGGAUUCACCACCUAAAGAUAACAAACCUCUGAGAAUAUUUUCGAUAGUUGGAAGUGUACUUUCAAUGGUUGGUCUUUUCUUCAGUAUCAUCACUCUCUUGUGCUUCAAGAAAAUCCGCCAGAAGGAAUCUAGCAAGUUCCAUGUCCAGCUAUGUAUUGCCAUCUUCUGCAUGUUUUUCUUCUUCCUCGUUGGAAUCGACCGCACUGAAAGCGAAGUGGGCUGCACAAUCUGCUCCCUCUUCAUCCAGUACUUCACCAUGGCGUCUGUCGCACUCAUGGGAGCUGAGGCAGUGCUCAUGUUUCACAGACUUAUCAUUGUUUUCGGUCGCAUUCACUUCUUUAUUAUCUCCAUCAUUGCCUGGAUUCUUCCAGCUCCAUUCAUUGUCAUUGGAUUAGCUACUCUUGGAUCUGGCCACAACUAUCUCAUCUCCGAAGGAAAUUUCUGCUUCAUUAGCCACAUUGGAGUGUUCUUUGGCCUGUUUUUGGGACCAGUCCUGGCAAUUGUGUGUUUCAACACCGUCAUCUUUGUUAUAGUUCUCAGAGUUCUCAUCAAGCACUACCUGCGAAAAAUAGAUGACAUUGACAACAAGAAGAAAGUUUUCGGAACUUUCAAAACGUUUCUUAGCGUCGUUUCGAUUAUGUUCAUGUUUGGUCUACAGUGGCUGUUUGGAGCUUUUACAAUCGCACAGGCAUCCGAGGCAUUCCAGUGGCUCUUUGUCAUAUUUUCAACCCUUCAGGGAGUGUUCCUCUUCCUCUACUUCUGUGUUCUGGCUCAGGACGCUCGUGAACACUGGCUGAACCUUCUGACACUAGGCCGCAGAAAGCUCCAGAAACGAAGUCACAUUGUCUCGUUCCAGCCACAGCCACAACGAUCGAAAGCAUAGCUCAUCGUCUGGUUUGACAACCAAUCCAGACUACACCAGCGCCACACUCAAGAAAAACAUUUUACUUGCUUCUCCUAGUUCGUCUAGUAGGACCAACUCAAUCGGUGAAAGUUCAGCAUCCGAAAUGGCCUCCCGAAGAGCUGCCCUGUUUGCCCUCCCUACCAGCAUCACGGAAGAAAAAGAGGCCGAGACUGAAUUUGUAAUCACCAACGGAAAUGUGUCGGACCGAGAUGAUAGCGAAUCAGAUACAUCUGAGGAAAUUGAAAAGGUGGACCUGUGUACUACAAUCACAAAUACUGCCACAGCUGCAGAAGUCCCUCCACACAUUCUCGAGAGACGAUUCAGGUUCCACCACACCCCACUCCCAACUAAAGAAGUUGAAAAAGUCGAUCUCUCGACUGCACCUCCAGUGACACCCAGACCUAUUGUGAUGCCAAAGGAACCAACAGUUGAAAUUCCUCCACAUGUCCUCGAAAGGAGGAGGUCUAGUGCUUUUCAAAAACCAGCAGAAAUUAAUGAGCUCUCUGUAUUAGAGGAAACCGAGGAGAAAGAUGAUAAUGGUGAAGAAUGGGAACUCGAUGAUGCAGCUAACUUUUUUGAAUUCGGUGAUGAUUUCAUGCAACUGUUGAGCCAGAUGUCUACAAUCACAGAUGGAGACUUUGAAGACACAUCAAACCUGUGAUCCAUUAAUUUUGUGAAUCAUUUUUUACUUGAACUCAUCCUUAUUUGUAAUAAAUUAAAUUUGAUCUGUAGCUAUAAUGUCUCGUUGUUAAAGUCCAUAAACUAAAUGUCAUAUGAAAACAUGUAAGUGUAUAAUUAUACAUCAAAAAUUAAUGUGUCAUAAUUAAUUAUGUUUUA